UUAUUUAAUGCGUUCGGUUCGACGAUGCCCCCAACCACCAUGUAUUGUAAGGAGAUGUUCCAUCAGGUAGUGCGUGGGUAUAAUCGAGACAACUUUGAUAGAAAUCUGACGAAUAAGUACUGUAAAGCUGCGAUGCAACAGCCUUCUUGUAACAUCUGCAAUAAACUGUGGGAGGGAAAGAUCAGAAUACUGCGAUGUGGCCACAGCAUCUGCGAGAAAUGUGCUAGCGACUUGCUAUCUGCUAAUGAUAACCGUGAGCGUUUUAUUAAAUGCAUGCGAUGUGGAAAAAUCAGCCACUGUAACAACGGUGUAGAAGAUCUGUGGAGAAACUAUAUGCUUGAAGAAGCUAUUGAAAUGUUUCGCAGUAAUGCUGCUGUUGCCACCAACGGAGACAAUGACAAGCAGGGCAACGGAGUAGGAGGUAGUUCAGAGGAUUCCGCCCUACAACAGUAA